UCGAGCUUGCGAGCUUUCUAGCAGCAGCCAGUCGCCGGCUGCCGGGCCACGACCUCGCAUCAACCCGGUUGUUCGUUCCCUCGGUUCGAUGCUGCGCGAGAGUUUUCGCGGACCACGUUUCCGGCAGAUCUCCGAGUUUGCGUUUGAGCUUUCGACAGAUCAUAUUCUUUCGUAAAUCUCUACGAGCGCAUCGCAAAGAAAAACGAGUUUUCGAAACUGUAUGAAAAUUUUGAACCGUCCGCAAAUUUUUUCACAGCUGCUUUGUAUUAUUAUUAUCCAUCUGUGAACUCGUUCGAUUAACUUAUACUUAAUUUGUCUGUCAACAUAUUUUAAUAAUUACUCCGAUUUGCGGGAUAUCAAAUAAAAAUUUAACGAACGUUCGUAAAGUUUGGAUGUAAACUCUACACGUGAAAUUCGGACGUACUAGUUACUAGAGGAAUUUGUAUCGAGUAUUGCGGUAUUAAAGAUUAAAGGGGUAGGAGCCGGGUGUGAGAAUUGUCUCGUGCAAAAACAAGUGACGCCCAUUGGUUGUUUUUCCGAGCAACAGCGGAGUAUGGCGGAUGGGUGACAGACUCAAACCCACUGCAGGCUGAAGGUGUUUUUCAGCGUCGGUGGGACCAUGUGAGACUUCGACCAUGAGGAUCAAUUUUGUGUGUACUACAACUCUGCCGCUGCGCAUCGUACCGAGUAGCCAGAGUGGUGUAUGGACAGUAAGCGUGAUUAUACUGUCGAUUGGCACCUGGGUUGGUAGAGUCGGGCCACGUCCAGCGGAUGGGGAGCUCGCGCUUCUGACAUCGCCGCGUGAGCGAUUGGACACCGUUCGGCAGGUUCUUUCCGAGGUGCCUUUGAUCGACGGCCACAAUGACUUACCGUGGAACAUCCGCAAUUUCCUGCACAAUCAACUGGCGAACUUCGACUUUGACAGGGACUUGCGUCAGAUCGAGCCCUGGAGCAAAAGCGCUUGGAGUCAAACCGAUCUGGUCAGACUGCGGGAAGGCAUGGUGGGCGGUCAGUUUUGGGUCGCCUACGUGCCAUGCGAAUCUCAGCAUAUUAAUGCGGUCCAGCUGACUCUAGAACAGGUAGAUCUCAUUAAAAGACUUAUAGAAAAAUAUUCCCAGCACAUGCAGUUCGCUGCAUCGACAAGGGAAAUUUUGGAGGCUCACGGGCGAGGUAGAAUAGCCUCCCUGAUUGGAGUGGAGGGUGGGCAUAGUCUAGGAAGUAGUUUAGCCGUUUUAAGAACGCUCUACCAGUUGGGUGUACGAUACCUCACGCUGACACACACUUGCAACACACCGUGGGCGAGAAGUUCGUCGGUAGAAGACGACGAUGGAGAUGGCGGAGGCCUGACGACAUUCGGCAAAACGGUAGUUCAAGAAAUGAAUAGGCUUGGAAUGCUGAUAGACCUCAGCCACACUGCGAGGGCGACAAUGAGAGAUGCUCUUAGAGUCAGUAAAGCGCCGCUCAUUUUUUCACACUCCUCAGCGUUCGCCAUUUGUAAUUCCUCUAGAAAUGUGCCAGACGACAUUCUUAAGCAGCUGGCUGAUAACGGCGGGCUGGUGAUGGUCACGUUUUACAAUUAUUUCGUGAAAUGCGGGCCUCAAGCUAGUGUCUCGGACGUGGCCGAGCACAUAUACUACAUUAGAAACCUGAUCGGCGUGGACCAUAUCGGAGUCGGCGGGGAUUUCGAUGGCAUCAACAAAACCCCUCGUGGUCUUGAGGACGUUUCGAAAUAUCCCGAACUGUUUUCCGAACUUCUCCGUAGUGGCAAAUGGAAUGUACUUGAUCUAAAGAAAGUCGCCGGCUUGAAUUUACUACGAGUUCUCACACAGGUAGAACGUGUGAGGGAUGAAAUGAGAACAGCUGGAAUCACGCCGUCCGAGGAGUAUCUUUCAGAUUCGCCGGACACGAUCGGCAAUUGUGCUCUGGAUAUUAAUUCCGUGCAGAGGGUCACGGAAAUCUGAUCGAUCGGUUACUCGACGACAUGCGAAUUAAUCUUAUGUGUGUACGCGCCGUGUUUGGCGUGGAUUGGUACGGUCAAGUGCUAUCUCCGGCCGCAAUCGGGGCACACGAUAGCACCAGCUCAAAGCGAAAAUUCAAUUAUCUCGAUUACACUGCGACCUGUACGCUCGCAAAAGUUCUUCGAACCUCGUGUGCGGAUGCUCAAUUAAACAUCGUCGACAUUUGCAAAGGCUCAAAAUAAACCUACCUCGAUACCUGUCUUACGAAGGCGACGAGCAAAUAUUGAUUAUGUUUUAUUUAAAGGAAAUAUCGCGUUCCCACGCGGCCGAUGUAUAAGAUGUUGUUAGAGAGAUUAACAUUGUGUCAGCAAAUAUUUCUAAUUAUUAGCAAGGGUUUAUUGUAAAUUUGUAGCUUUUCGUAUUUACAAAAAUUAGGUAAAUUUUUUAAUUUGAUAUUAAUCAUUAUUUAACUAAAUAUAAAUUUCGACACACUUAUAUCACGCCUUUUUUAUUAUAUAGCGGCUACGACUAUGAAAUUCAUAAAUUAAAUUAUUAAUUGUAAAAUAAUAUGCUCGUCGUCGUAAAACUAUCUGUAACACACAGACAGUUUUUUUCUAUUCAGUACCAGCACCGGUACUAAUGAGUCGUUGACACGCUGAUUAUUUUACUGUAAGAUAUUUACUAUUCUACUGUGAGUCUUCACGACCAUAUGUAAAUAUCUGAACGGUAUGCGGAACGCCAUCCAAUAUUCGCGUGAAGAGAAAGCGUCAUCGCGACUAAACUUUCUGAACUUUGAUGUCUUCCUCUCUUGGAAACGAUCGUAAUAUGUGUGUGAAACUAUGAACCCCGGCUGUAUACCUUUCAACGUCUUCCUUCCCCUCAUUGCACCGACGAAAACACGUACUCCAUAAGGUGUUUAUAGAAGAAGUGUUUAUAGAUGAAGGAAUCGACGUCGUGUUUCUACGAGCAGCUUCAUAAAAUUUAACAAAAUUCUCUGUGAAAUUUCUUUUGCAUAUGUAUAGACACUUUUUAUUUAUCGUAGCUCAAACUUAAAAGUUUGUGUGUCUCUAUUAAUAUAAUAAAUCAUGUUAUAUUUUAUUUUCAAG